AUGAAUAAUUCUACAACUGAAAAUAAUUUCACCAUAACACGAUCAUAUUUUGAAUUUCAUGCACGUUUUGGGCUGGAACGUUUAUGGAUAACAAUUAUUAUACUUAGUUUAUUAAUUUUAUGCACAGUCAUUGGAAAUGUUUUUGUUGUAGCAGCAAUUCUGCUGGAAAAACAUUUACAAGUGACUGACUUGUUUAUUCCGAAUUACUGA